AGGUAGGAGUGCCUGCCACAGGCAGCAGCUCUCCUGGCCGCCAGCCCCAGCCCCAGCCCCGGAACUCCAGCCGCAGCCAGCAUGCAGGGCGAAGACAACCUCCAGAUCCUGGUGGAGCCCGAAGGGGACAGCUUCCCGCUGAUGGAGAUCAGUCCCUGCGAGACCGAGGCGUCCGAGCAGUGGGAUUACGUCCUUGUGGCCGACCUUCGCACCCAGACGGACCCCCGGCAGGUGCAGCAGCAGUGGCAGUUCCUGGAAGAGCUCAGGAGAAAGGGCUUCCACACCAAGAUGAUAAAGGACCAGAAACAGGUGUUCUUCGGGAUCCGUGCUGACAACAGUGUCUUCGACCUGUACCACACCCUCCUCCUGGAGCCCGAGGGUCCCGCCCGCCAGGCCGAGCAUGCUGAGGCCACGGCUGUCCCGGUCACCACGAGAAUCCGAAUCGUGGACUUCGUGGUCCAGAAAAACAAGACCUCAGCUGGCAAGACAUUCGAGAAUUUGGUGAAGGACGGGGUCUUCGAGGCCAGGUUCCCCCUACACAAGGUGAGGGGUGGGCCAGCUGGGAGAGGGCCCUGGGGUGGGUUCCCGGAUGGGAGCUCUCACUCCCUGUCACUCGAGCCAGGAGGAGAAAAAGCUGAAGACUUGGGCGCAGUGGAGGAGCAUGUUCCACAAGCAGCCAGUGGAUGAGAUCAGGAACUACUUCGGGGAGAAGGUGGCCCUGUACUUCGCCUGGCUGGGCUGGUACACCUACAUGCUGGUGCCAGCCGCCCUGACAGGCCUCGUGGUUUUCCUGAGUGGAUUCUCGCUGUUCGAGGCCAGCCAGAUCAGCAAGGAGAUCUGUGAAGCCGACAACAUCCUCAUGUGUCCCCUCGGAGACCACAGCCGCAGGUACCAGCGGCUCUCGGAGACCUGCACUUUCGCCAAGCUCACCCACCUCUUUGACAAUGACGGCACGGUGGUGUUCGCCAUCUUCAUGGCUCUCUGGGCCACAGUGUUCCUGGAGAUCUGGAAGCGUCAGCGGGCCAGUGUGGUCCUGCACUGGAAGCUGUACGUGUGGGACGAGGACCAGGAGGAAAUGGCGCUUGAGCUCAUUCACUGUCCCGGCUACAAACUGCAGCUGCACCAGCACUCCUACCUGCGCAGCACCGUGAUCCUCGUGCUCACCCUGCUCAUGAUCUCCCUCAUGAUCGGCAUGGCGCAUGUCCUGGUGGUCUACCGAGUCCUGGCCUCUGCGCUCUUUAGCAGCUCGGCGCUGCCCUUCCUGGAGGAGCAGGUGACCACGGCCGUGGUGGUGACCGGGGCCCUGGUGCACUACGUGACCAUCGUCAUCAUGACCAAGGUCAAUAAGCUCGUGGCCCUGAAGCUCUGCGACUUUGAGAAGCCCCGGACCUUCUCGGAGCGGGAGAGCAGGUUCACCAUCCGCUUCUUCACGCUGCAGUUCUUCACCCACUUCUCCUCGCUCAUCUACAUCGCCUUCAUCCUGGGCAGGAUCAACGGCCACCCGGGGAAGUCCACGCGCCUGGCCGGCUUGUGGAAGCUGGAAGAGUGCCACGCCAGCGGCUGCAUGAUGGACCUGUUCGUGCAGAUGGCCAUCAUCAUGGGCCUGAAGCAGACGCUCAGCAACUGCGCGGAGUACCUGGGCCCGUGGCUGGCGCACAAGUGGCGCUCCAAGCAGGCCUCUGCGCCCGCCCGGGACCCCGAGCUCGGGGACUGGCAGCGAAACUACCUUCUGAACCCCGUCAACACCUUCAGCCUGUUCGACGAGUUCAUGGAGAUGAUGAUCCAGUACGGCUUCACCACCAUCUUCGUGGCCGCCUUCCCGCUGGCGCCGCUGCUCGCGCUCUUCAGCAACCUCGUGGAGAUCCGCCUGGACGCCAUCAAGAUGGUCCGGCUGCAGCGGCGCCUGGUGCCCCGCAAAGCCAAGGACAUCGGGACCUGGCUCCAGGUGCUGGAGACCAUCGGAGUGCUAGCGGUCAUUGCCAAUGGGAUGGUCAUCGCCUUCACAUCUGAGUUCAUCCCUCGAGUGGUCUACAAGUACCGCUACAGCCCGUGCCUGAAGGAAGCCAACUCCACAGUCGACUGCCUCACGGGCUACGUCAACCACAGCCUGUCCGUCUUCUACACCAAGGACUUCCAGGACCCUGAUGGGAUUAAGGGCUCAGAAAACGUGACUCACUGCAGGUACAGGGACUACCGCCAUCCCCGCCAUUACACCCUCACCAGGAAGUUCUGGUUCCUCCUGGCCAUCCGCCUGGCCUUCGUCAUCCUCUUUGAGCACGUGGCCUUGUGCAUCAAGCUCAUUGCUGCCUGGUUCGUGCCUGACGUCCCGCAGUCGGUGAAGAACAGCGUUCUGGAGAGAAAGUACCAGCAUCUGUGUGAGAAGAUGAGGGAAAGGCAGAGGCUGGGCAGGAUGCGGACGGGCCCUCAGCCCCCGACACCCACCCAUCCCACCGCAGCCUCCAUCUUCAGCGCCAGGAGCACAGAUGUGUAGGGCCAGAGCCCGUGCAGAGGCCCUGGCCCCCAGGAGCUGAGACAGUGUCAGCACCAGCACACCUCCCACUGGCCUCCCGCUGCGUGUGGAGGGAGGGGUGCUGUCAGAAGGCUGUGUCCAUGGGGGCUGCAGGAGCUCCCUGUCUGUUCAGGGCAUCUGUGAGCCGCCGGCCUGUUCCACCUGCUCCGUCUCUGUGGGGGCUCUCAAGCUUGGCACAUCCUGACUUGAAUUCUGGGUGACCCUGGGUACCCGCUGAACUGGGAGUGGGACUUCUCAGGCAGCCACAAGGCAGGAAAACUGGGCCAAGUUUCCUGGGCUGCUUCUGACUUCUGGGCCCCAGAUUCUGCCGUGCCCCCAUUCUGGGUGUUGGGAGGUGACCUGAGCCCACCUCGCCGGCCUGUUCCCUUCAGCCAGGAGUUUCUGUAAUAAAAUUAAACCUGUUUGUCUUGC